AUGAAGGUGUCUCCACUAAUUGGGGUGAUAACCGACUUCUUCAGAAGAACAACUCUUCAUGGCUUCAAGUAUUUGGGUUCGCGGUUUUGCCUGGAUCGCAUAAUGUGGGUGUUGGUGUGCUGCGCCAGCGCAUGCAGUGCCGGUGUGCUAUGUGCUGUGCUGUGGGCUCGCUUCAUGCAGCAACCUGCAAUAGUGGCGCUGAAUGAUACCAAGGACCUGACCAGCGCGACCAGCGGUAUGCCGCUAGUCAUAGUCUGCCCCCCUGCCGACUUCAUCGCGAACAGAGUCGUUGUUCAAUUCAAGCCCUUGUCCAAUGAGAGCUGGCUUUCCUCCGCGCUGGAGCACGUGAUCAGGAAAAAAAAGGUCCGAGAGGAACACCUGCUGUUGCUUGACAAACGCCUAGACGACCUAGGGAUGGCAUUGCCUGAUGCAUUGAUAAAGUAUUCACCGGAGUGUCGCGAUAUGAUCGUGUCCUGUCGCUGGCAGAAUCACCAGGUGCCAUGCCGGAAGCUGUUCUGGAAGCAGUUCACAGACUGGGGACUCUGCUGUGUUCUAAAUCCUAUAAGAUUACAGAGUAAAAGAACAAAACGCUUAUUCGACCAUCUGGAGACAACCAGGCGGCUUGACAUAGCCCUUACCUGCGACAACUCCAGCUUUUCCUAUUAUGGAUAUGAGGUCUUGCCUCUCUACCACGGCGACGAAUACAUCACGCCUCAGAUGCUGCACAGGGGCCUGAGUUACUGGCUCCAAGUGACUUACACCAGAACCUUGGACAAUGAGGGCAGUCUGCUUGAUGUCGAUGCUGGCUGCGUCCCUUAUGAUGGGUAUUCUCGGCUACAGUGCAUAGCCAGGUGCCUAGAGAAAAUAUGUGGUUGCUCUGAUCCCCUGGUGGCUACAGAUUUAGAAAUGGAAGAACAAUUGCCACAGUGCCGCGUCGCGCAACUCAACUGCUUGCGGGUGACUAAAGGAUACGAAAACUCUUCAUGUGGCUGUCUACCUCCGUGUUCCCAGUUAAGCACAGAAAUGUCGGUUGAGACUAAUAAGAUGGAUUUCGUCGACCGCACAUUUGAUCCAUUGUACGCCGGCCUCAACUCUUCAAUCUCCAAUGUGGUGUACAUCAGAGUUCGAAUGCGUCAGUCCAAGGUGUUCUUUCUUCUGCCCACGGAAACUUGGCUCACUCUCCUCUCCUCUCUCGGCGGUGUGUUCAACAUGUUCCUGGGCGUAGGUCUCUUCAGCGCGUUGGAAAUUCUGUUCCUCAUCAUUUUCAAGCUGCCACUGGCUUUGAAGAGAUCUGCAGAAAUUAAUGUUCCUGACACACAAUGA